CGUAUCUAGAUAAUAUAAACUGAGACGAAUUUUUUAGUUUUAGUUUUCAUGUUUUAUAAAAAUUAGAAACGAAAUGGAUUUAAAUAUUUCCGAUAUCAAUAGUUUAGCAUAUGCAGAUCUACAAGAAGAAUACAAGAAACUAUUCCUCAACUACCAAAAUUUGAACAAAAUUCAUGAGAGUGAUCUGCAACAAAUAUAUGAACUGGAAAGAAAUAUAAAAAUCAGUAAAGCAGCAGAAGAGCAUUUAGCACAAGAAUUAGAAAUAAUUUCGAAUUCGCAAAAUGGAGAUUUAGAAAAGUCAAACAAGAAAUUGAACCAAGAAAUAGAAGAACUGAGAAGAAAAUUGACAGAUUUGGAAGAUUACAUCGAAAUAUUGGAAAAAAAGUUAGAAAAUUCCAAUUCAGAAAAUAAUAAAUUGCAAGAAAAAUUAUAUGAAAUCUCAGCAGCCGUUGAAAAUGAUAGCAUCGAAACAAAUCAGUUUUCUUCAGAACAACAAGAAAAACUGGAAAUUGAAAAUUUAAAGCUACUGGCGAAAUUGAACGAAUUCGAGGAUGAAAUUCAGAAAUCCUGUAAAACCAUUGCAGAAAAGGAGAUAUUAAUAGAAGUUUUAAAAGAAGAAAUUCAAUGUUAUCAAGAAAAUUUAUGUGCAAAAAGAACUGAAUUAGAAGAGAAAACAACAUUAUUAGAAAGUCAACAGGAAAGAAUUAAUGAAUUAAAUACGGAGUUAACCAGCUUAAAAUUACAGCAGGGAAACGAAAACGUCAAAGGAAAUUCGCUUUUUGCUGAAGUUGAUGAUCAAAGGCAGGAAAUGAAAAGUAGGCUGUUAUCACAAAAGAAAAUUUAUUUAGAAAUGAAAAAGGUGCAUAAUGAGAGUUUAUUUGAAAUUCGCCGCUUAAAACGUGAAAACUCAGCUAUGCAAGCUGAAGCUCAAGCCUGUGUGUCUAUAUUUUUAAAUUCAAAAAAAUUUUAUGAAGAUAAAUUACUAGAAAGAAUAUCUUUUCUAUCCAAACAAAAUGAAGAGUUGGAGAGAAAAUUAAGUGUUAGUCAAGAUCGGUUGUUAUCGCUGGCUGAAAAAAAUGAGAUAACUUGGUUGGAUUCAAUGAUGACAUUUUGCAGAAGUGAAACAACAGAAUUAAAAAAGCAACUGCAGAAUAUUCGUCUUCAAAAAGGAAUCAUAGAGAAACAUUAUCGUGAUUCUCAGACUGAGUUGGCAAAAUGGAGAUUUGAGGCGCUAAAAUUACGCUGUAUUUUGAUAGACCGUGAAUCAUUGUUGGAGCAAAAUUCAAUAAAAUUUGAAGAUUCACGUGAAAUGAAUGUUAAAGUAAAAGAGGAUAUCGCUAAAAGCGUUCCUCAAAUUUUGUGGAACAAGAAUGAUUUCCAAAGUCCAACAAAUACUAUUGAUUUGAAAACAUCAUCAAAUAAAGAAUGCAAUAGUUCAAAUAAUACCACAUGUUCAAUAAAUUCAAAUAAUUCAAUAAAUACCCAAAAGCAAAUUUUGUUGCAAUCAACAUUUAAUAAUGAUUCCAAAGAUCUUAAUGACAAAGACACGAGUAAUAAAAUUAGAGUUACUGAGGAAGAAUUUUCUAAGGAAAAUUCAAAACUAGAGUUAUCAAAAAUAUUCGAAACAAAAGACAACUCGCUAAUAUAUACUAAUACUUCCCGCACUGAACAGGGUAAAGUUUUAAAUUUCAAAGAUAUUAAUAAUACCGGACCCACUGGCACUAAACUUGAUUAUGUUCGAAAUAGUUCAGAAAAAAAGGCGGAUGAAGAUAAUGAAAAAAAUUUAAUUUUUGAAAAUAAAUUUGAUAAAAAGUCGGUUAAAUUUCCGAAAGAUAUUGAAAAUAAAGUGGAGGAUGAGAACAAAAGAACAAUGAAAGUUAUUUCCAAACGUACCAAAUCCAAUAUAACAAUAAAAAAAAUAAUAAUUAAAUCAAAAGAUGAUAAGUUAUAGCUUAAUUUAAAAUUGAUUGUAAGAUGAAACUCUAAUUGAGAUUUGUAAUAAGAUCUUCUAUAAAGAAUUUCCAAUUUUAAUUUUUAUGUAAACCUAUUGCUUAUUGGAUAUUAAAUAUAAAUAGAACAACAAAAUUAAUAUUUCGUUAAUUAAUAUUCUUUAAACCAA